AUGCAACGUGCCGAUAUUCUCGGGUCGGCACUGGAUCCGCUUUUGCCUCUUCAGCGCUGGAUACAGUACACUCAAGGCGAGUUGCAGUCUCUUCGAGCAGACUGCCGACAUCAGUUUGAGCAGAUCACUUCAACUGAGCGUAUUCAGCAGAGUCAGCUUGACUCGUUGCAGUCUCAAAUCAGAGAGCUUGCUCAACAGCAAGCCCAGUUUUCAGCUGAAAUGACAGAGAUUGCCAAUACAGUGACAGAUCUUUGCAAUAAGAUACAGGAAACCCAGACCACGCUUAGAGGUCUUGUACAGGAGGUUCUCACGCACUUCUCAACGCAGCAGCAAUCAGCACUGCCGGCUACACAGUUAGCCAUCACACAGCCGGAUGUGCCGUAA